UAGGAAAUCAGCCUGUUAAUUGAUUACCAGAACUAUAAAAGUGCUGUAAGUAAUGCUAGUAGAAGAGGGUCAGGAACAUUGAAGGGUCUUUUCAGGGGGCUGAAGGUUUAUCCUGACAGGGUCAUCCUGAUCUCUCUCCGUAAGCCAGAGAGCUGUUGGAUUCUGCACCAUGCUGUCUACCCAGAGGCACAGUACCAGCAUUCUGACCAGAAAGGAAAUCCUAGAAAACGGGUUCUUGGCCAGCUCCUCCAGCCACAGUCAUUCUUCUCCUGUUCUGAGUUAUUACACGGACUCUAGCAGUGCUUUCAAACCUGACACCUGGGAGCUUCCCGUGGACUUGGACAACACAGCAAGUGGCAGUCCCGUGUGUGUUGCCAAGCAGGCCGAGUCUCUGAGCAGCUGUGUGAAGACUGAGCUGCACAGCCUGACCCAGGGCAUCUCUGACCUCAGUCUUGUCUGCUGCUGCAAGGCCCACCGUGGCCAGGCCACCUUUGAGCUGUCUGGGUUGCCCUGUGAGCACCCCAGCAGAGAUGACUGCCUGAUGAAUGUGGCAUCACAGAACACCUCAACACCUUGCAAGAAAGACAAGAACCCCAAACCUCUGGAGAGCCUGCUCUUCAAGAGCUCUGAGCUGGUUGGAGACACCUCAGCCCUCGGGAAUGUGCCAGUACCCGGGUGGGAUAUCUCAGCCAUAAAAUCCUUUAUGGAUACCAGCAUGUCCCUCGAUGUCAGCACUGAGGAGUUACGGUUACUGGGAUACCCCAAGCCAGACACAUCAUCCCUGGAGGCCCCCGUGGUGAUUCCUCUGGCUUGGCCUGGUGCCUUCAAGAAGCACCCCAUGCUGAUCCACAUGUCUGCCGCGCAGGAGACCCGGCCGAGUGACCCUGACGCUGUCCCUGUGUUUCUGCACCAGGCUCUGUGAUGCUGCUGCCCUGGCUCCAGCCGGAGCUGCUGGCUGCCUGCCCCUCCUGCGAGGAGCAGGGAUCCACGCGGAUGGCAGUGAUGGCAGCAGCUGGUGACAAGUUAAUCUGCCCACAUGGGGUGGCCCAGUCGCCACUGGUGAUGGGGGACAUUUGAGCUGGUGACGGCACCCCCGAGAGCCGCAGCCUUGCUGGCUCCUCCUCCUCCCCGAUCCCUCUCUUUUGUAUUAGCACAAUAAAGCUGUAAAUGUCUCUCUGGUGGUGGUUUCUGACUCCCGCCGCCCUCCCGGCCUGAAGCUGAGCCCCCUGAA